UCAUCGGAGAACAGCCGAUCGGGUUCUCUGAAAUGGCAACAGAAGGCGUUUCUCCUAUCCACGCAGAUCAUGAGCUCAUAACUUCCCAAGAAGAAUUUCUGGAAGGAUUUCAAAAGUGGCUAGAUCUAGAUGCAGGGCGAAACAAUAGGCUUUUGGGCGGCAGCCAGAAGAAGAAUGUAUCAUUAACAGAUCUGGAAUCACGACUUUCUACUGCGAGGAAUAAGAGAGAAAAGUAUGGCCGCAUCGGCACACUGCCAGAUGAAAAGACCUCUUUGGCCUCGAGACAUCAACAAAAUAUGGAAAGACGAGAAGGUUAUUCGCUCGACGAAAUAAAGAAGAUAACAAAAGAAUGUUUCGAGCUUUUGAAUCGGGGACUCGGCAAGAAUCAUGACAAAAAGUUUUUAUUUGAUGCUGCCAAAAUACUUUCACAAUCGGAUGUAUCCGUGGAAAAGGAAGUCAAAGAAAGAGAAGAUUGUAGCGAAAAAGUGAAGAAGAUAUCAAAAGCGUUUCUUGAGCUCUUCGACGAUCAACACAUGAAGAAUGUAGACAAAACAUUUCUAUAUGAUUUUGCCAAAAGAAUAAUGUCAGAAUCUGACGUAUCCGUGCAAAAGAAAGCCAAAGAAAACGAAUUGCUAAAUCCAUUACUCCCAGAAUCAAGCAGAGCACAACAGCGAGAUAUAGCAGUCACAAUUACUCCCACCGAAAGCACAGAAACCAUCCAACAGAGAAAUGAAGCUAAAAGUUGGAAAAUUUUGCAAUGCGUAGUGGUUGGUGGUUUAUUUGAAUCCAUUACAAGUUUAGUCAUUGUAACAUCUGCAGCAACAAGCAAUAUCAUCUCCAAUGGAAAUAUAUUAGCUUUGGCAUUGGCAAACUUGAUUUCGGGAUUCUUUCUCAUCAGACAUGAUCUAUCGAUAACACGAAAGGAACAGAAGCUGAAACAAGGAAACGAAAUGCUAAGAGCUGCAGUGCAUUAUAGUUUCCAUUUUACAGUGGCCAUCAUAUCCUUCAUAUUAUUUGGUGCUGUGCCCCCAUUUGUUUAUGCCUUCACAAUUGGUGACAAAAAUCUCAAGCUCGCCAUCGCAGCAGGAGUUUCACUUUCAUGCAUUGCAUUGCUUGCUGCUUUGAAAGCGCACCUUCAAAAGCUAAAACAUCAGGCCGUGAUAAGCUACAUAAAAACUGUAGCUUCUUUCAUGGUUUUUGGAGUUGCAGCCUUCGUCUUAUCAUAUUUAGCAGGUUCUCUAUUUGGAAAACUUAUUGAAAAAGUUGAUUGGUUUGAGUAACCUCCUGUACCAAAUGUGUUUUAUUAGUAUUACAACUAUACAAUAUUGAUACUGCAACUUUAGUUUUUCUCUAAA